CAGUAGCCUUCACGCCUUUUGCAACAUGGGAAAGAAAAGAACUCCUGGCCGAAGAAGAGAAGUUGUUGAUCACUCUGGUGACUAUGACAAUAGAACAGAAGGAAAGAUCAACGCAAUCAACACCUGGAACGAUAUAGAACAUGACGAGGAAGAUCAAUUUCAUGAAGAUCGUGAAAAAGUUUUGCUCGGCUACGAGAAGCAAAUGCGUGGAGACGAUCAAGAUUCCGAAAUGAGCGAGCAAGAAGUUUAUGGACUCGAAGGUGUCGACUCUGACGAUGAAGAAGACCAAAACGACUAUCAAUCUGACGACGAUGACGAAAAGGACGAGGAAGAAGAAAAGGAGUCGGAAUCAUGGGGUCAAAGCAAAAAGUCCUACUAUGAUGCAGACGAAGGUUCUGAUUUAGAGGAAAUGCGCGAAGAAGAACAAGAAGCCAUUCGAUUGCAGAAGAAAAGAAUAGAAGCUAUGGACGAAGAAGACUUCGUCGAAGCUGGAUGGGGUGGUGUGUCAUUGGAGAAGGAUGAUGACGAAGACAGAAAGCUCGUUGAGAGUGUCAACAAAGAUUUGGAAGAUAUUACCUUCUCCAAUGACAUUGAAUCUGAACGGAUAUCAAAACGUUUAAGAUCUAAUAUGCCUACAACCGAAGUGCUGAAGAUUCUACAAAACGAGUCGCCUGAACUUGUGGAACUCUUGAGUGAAUUCAAGGAUAGGCUCUCUACCAUUAAAGAACUUGCACCUGUUAUCACAACUCUCCAACAGGUCACAGACUCUAAAAACAAGGCAGUUGAAUUCUUCAAGUUCAAAUACCACUUGAUCCUCAACUAUUUGACCAACAUUGCGUUCUACUUGUGCCUCAAGGCGUCGGGAGCAUCAAAUAUUCGUGAUCACCCAGUCAUUGGUAGCUUGGUAGAGUUGCGUACCUCCAUUGAGAAAGCGGAAGCUAUCGAGAAGAAGUUGAACAUGGAAAAGCAAAUCAGUCACGUUACCAAGCAGCUUGAAGAACUGGAUACUGCACCAAAGAAGGCAGUGAACAAGAAUGGAAAGAUUAAUGGCAAGGCUCCUAAAAAGACAGCGAAGCCAGUGGAGACUGCCGAGCAGCAUCCAGAAGAAAGCGAUGAUGAAUCUGAGAUUGAGGAAGAUCACAUUGAUGUACCUAUGAUCGAAGAGGAAUUCAAGAGCAUGAAGAAGGCAAACAAAAAGCGAAAACGUCAAAUUGCGAAUGACGAUUUCCAAGAUUUGGAUGCGCUUGACACUGUUGAUAUUGAAGAUAAGGCUGCCAAAAAGAGAAGCUUGAGAGAUUAUGUAGCCAAGAUCGACACAAAACAACAAAAGCGAAAUGCUAAAUAUCAAGGUGAUUCUGAUAUCCCGUACAAGGAUCGUGCCAAGCGAGACCAGAAGGGUGUUGCCCAGCCACAGGAUAACAGUGCCGACCUGGACGAUGCUGACUGGGACGAUACUGAUGUCCAACGGGCUCAAGGCAAUGCAGAAGAUGAGAACGAUGAUCUUUAUGAACAGGUCAAGGCGAAGAAGGCAGCAUUGAAGGAGUCGAAGAAAGCCGACUACGAAGCCACACGUAUGCCUAUCAUUGCCGAUGAAGAUUUGGCCGAUGGAGAUAAACGCAGUGUAACCUGGCAGAUCUUGAAGAACAGAGGUCUUACCCCCCAUCGUAAGAAGGAGAACAGAAACUCUCGUGUCAAGCACCGCAACAAGUACGAGAAGAAGAUGAAGAACUUGAGCUCUUUCCGCGCCGUCGCCAAGACUCAAGAUGGUGCUUAUGGAGGAGAAAAGACUGGUAUUCGUACUGGACUUGCCCGCAGUGUCAAACUUGCUUAGUUGCCUAUAUUACCUUGGUCUUUGCUAUUUCCAUUACUCUCACCCUCAUUUUUUUUUUUUUUUCAAAGAAAAAAAACUUGUACAACAUUCAACAUCCCUUAAGUCAUUGUUUCGGCAUUCAUUUUUCCUUCAUUCCGCUUCAAAAUCUAGAUACACCCUUUCAAUCCAAACAAACUAGCAAAACGUGCAGUAAAAUAAAG